GCUGCGGCGUCCGUGGAGCAGUUGGGGGUUCGAUGCCUUGCUCAAGGACACAUCAGUCAUGGUAUUGCUGGCCCGAGACUCGAACCCACCCCAAGGGCUAGGAGUCAAACUCUUUAAUCACUAGGCCACGACUUCAGAAUAUAUUUUAGUGAGAACAAUGCUCUAUGAUGUGCACUCACUGAUUUUAUGGUGGACACCAAUUCAGAGGAGCAGUCAAUCGUCCGGUUUGAAGAGGUCCAGUGAUAAUAACUUUCAACCACAGCUGUGUGAAGGCGACCACAACAGUAUGAAAAAUGCCACUGUAUUUGAAGGAGACAACAUGAAGGAAAUAAUUAGCAUGUUUUCUUUUUAAAAUAGGCUACUUUGUCAGUGACACGCCAAGUCAGACAAUUCUAUUUACACUGCAAUAAAUAUAGGCUAAAUAUUACUAAAAGAUGUCCACCUUAACAGCAAAACUGCUGAAAUUAAAUUUGAUUUGAAUUGUUUAAAACAAUUGAAAUACUAUUGAGAAGAAUGAGAUCAACUCUAUUCUAAAAUACUUAUCUGAGAACUGUUUAAACAGUUGUUUUUAUGGAUUUUAUUUGUAUAUAUUUAUGCUAAAUCAUAAUAAGGAUACUGGAUGAUUUUUAGCAAUAAUAAUAGUGUAUGGCACAAAUGGCAUUUAUAGUCCGUAUCUUAUAUUUUCUUAACCUUCUGGAUUAUUAGGCUUCUCUGACCCCAAUCUGCCUGUAACUCCAUUCCUCCAAAUUGCAGCACCUCACUGUAAUCUCUCAUCUACUCUUAAUCUGAGCACAUGGGGGGCAUAUAAGAGAGGCGCUCGCGUCCCGCAGAGCAGAUCUCACUCUCAGUCACUUUCUACUGAGGAGAAGGUCCACUCGAGCAAGCAUGAAUGGAACGGAAGGUCCAAACUUCUACGUGCCCAUGUCCAACAAGACGGGUGUGGUGCGGAGCCCGUUUGAGGAGCCGCAGUACUAUCUGGCAGAGCCGUGGAAGUACUCGCUCCUGGCGGCGUACAUGCUCUUCCUCAUCAUCACUUCGUUCCCCGUCAACUCCCUCACGCUCUACGUCACCGUGCAGCACAAGAAGCUGCGCACGCCGCUCAACUACAUCCUGCUCAAUCUGGCCGUGGCCGACCUGUUCAUGGUGGUGGGUGGCUUCACCGUCACCCUCUACACCGCCCUGCACGGGUACUUCGUCCUGGGGGUCACCGGCUGCAACAUCGAAGGCUUCUUCGCCACGCUGGGAGGGGAGAUCGCGCUGUGGUCUCUGGUGGUCUUGGCUGUCGAGCGUUAUAUUGUGGUGUGUAAGCCAAUGACAACGUUUCGUUUCGGAGAGAAGCACGCCAUCGUGGGAGUGGGCUUCACCUGGGUCAUGGCCCUCACCUGCUGCAUGCCGCCCCUGCUGGGCUGGUCCAGGUAUAUUCCAGAGGGAAUGCAGUGCUCCUGUGGGAUAGAUUACUACACCCCCAAACCUGAGAUCAACAACACCUCGUUUGUCAUCUACAUGUUCAUCCUGCACUUCUCCAUCCCUCUGCUCAUCAUCUUCUUCUGCUACAGUCGCCUUCUCUGCACUGUCCGUGCGGCCGCUGCCCAGCAGCAGGAGUCAGAGACGACCCAGAGGGCCGAACGGGAAGUGACACGUAUGGUGGUUGUCAUGGUGGUCUCGUUCUUAGUGUGCUGGGUGCCGUAUGCCAGCGUGGCCUGGUACAUCUUUGCUAAUCAGGGGGCGGAGUUUGGUCCUAUAGUGAUGACGAUACCUGCUUUCUUUGCUAAGAGUGCAGCGCUUUACAACCCUGUCAUCUACAUCAUACUCAACAGACAGUUCAGGAACUGCAUGCUCACUACGGUCUGCUGUGGAAAGAACCCGUUUGGUGAGGAGGAGACCAGCAUGACGGCCUCCAGUAAGACUCAGUCCUCGGUGGUCUCGUCCAGUCAGGUGGCUCCCGCCUGACCGACAGCUGGACAAAUCCACCCAGCAGCCUCCUACAGGCCAAAUACAUCACUCCACAUCAUCCAGUCUGCAACUACAUCUACUACUUCACUUUUUCUGCCCUUGAAUCUUACACAUUUUGUAAAAACUGACCAAUCAGAUCUCUAUAAUACUGCAGCAUGUGAUUGUGUUAAAUACUUGUAACGUGUUUAGUAACUUGAUGGCAUUCCUAUGUAUUUAUCUCAACAUCUGUUCCAUUAGUUCUGCCUGAUAAUGCCGGAUAAUUAUGAUCCGUUAUGAUUUUGACCUUUUAACCUUAUGUUCUGAGUCCAUGUGAUGUUUCUUCAGAGUUUGAUGUUGACCAGGCAUGAGACUGAGUGCUGGAGGCAGAAGAGACCUCAGGAGAUUAAGCACACACCCAGCCAAACAGCUCUCUAAAUGUUUAGAUGUCAGUGUCGUCUGUGGAAGAAUUAUGAUUAAAGAUGUAAAUG